AUUUAAAACAUAGAUGGCGCUUUCAAUAAAAUUUUAGUAUUUUUCUUUUUAAGGGUUAUUUUUGGUAUUUUUUAAUAAUAUUUAAUGUUUUAAUAAAAAGUGGUGCCCCAUGAAGACUUUUUGGGUUCAGUGAAAGACUGUUUUAAGUGUUCUGCACCCACACAUUCCUUUUAUAUACAAUGACGUUAUUUUGAUGACACACCAACACAAUAACCAAAUAUAAAAUGAUCAGGUUUGUCAAAAACAAAUGAUAAAAAGAUAAUAUGCAAAGUCUUAAUUGUUGAUAACAAUUAAUCUGUUACCUGAACAUUCAACGCAAUGGAAUAUGCGAAAUAAUUCGUAAUAAAAAUAUUUUACACCACAGAAAAAUUCUUUUUAGAUUAGUAUGGAGGGUAACAAUAGAGAUAAAAGUAAAGAUAUAGAUUGGUCCAGAUUUGGUUUAGGAGCUGAAACAGCUCAAAGGGUUAGAGCGAAUACAAGUGGUUUUGUCGAUUUGUCCAAUGAUUACGGAGCAGGGGGUCAUCAAGCAUCAGGGGCCAAUGAAUUAUUCGCCGAAGAACAGGGUGAUGUACCGUGGUGGAAAUCCAACUUCUUCAUAUCACAACCAGUGUUAUUUGGUACGUGGGAUGGAGUUUUCACGUCUUGUUUGAUUAAUAUUUUCGGCGUAAUUGUUUUCCUACGAUCGGGAUGGAUUGUGAGCGAGGCUGGAGUGAUGAAUGCCGUUCUUAUAGUAUUGGCAACAGUGUUUACCGCGUUGAUAUCCGUUCUAUCUGCUGUUGGAAUUUGUGAGAGAUGCAGAAUCGAAAGCGGGGGUGUUUAUUUUGUGAUUGCCCACACUUUGGGUUCACGAUUUGGAGGCUCAUUAGGGCUUUUAUAUUGUUUUGGACAAGCUGUGGGUUGUGCUUUAAAUGUGUUGGGAUUCGGAGAAUCCAUGGCUGAACUAAUCGGUUUGGGCAGUUCUGCCUGGGCUGUGCAAUUAAUUGCAAUAGCAGCUGUUUUAUUACUGAGUGUUAUUAACGUAGCUGGUGUCAAAUGGGUCAUAAAGUUACAGUUUAUGCUGCUAUUGAUUCUGUUACUCGCUGGUUUAGAUUUUGCAGUUGGCAGCUUUGUUCAUACUGACAUAGAACAUGGGGUGGAAGGUUGGUUAAGUGAUAACCUUGAAAAGAACAUGUGGUCAAACUACACCGAGGGCUAUAGCUGGUUUACGGUUUUCGGGGUGUUUUUCCCAACAAUCACGGGAAUUUUGUCGGGAAUAAACAUGAGCGGAGAUCUAAAAGCCCCCUCGACAAACAUCCCGAACGGAACAUUGGCAGCUAUAAGCACGGGAACACUUUUGUACCUCGUUUUUAUAAUAUUUUUAGGGGCAACUUGCGUAAGAGCCGAUCUACUGACUGAUUUUAUGAUAGCCGGCAAAGUAUCCGCCAUUAGUGUCUUAUUAUUGGCUGGACUGUACGUUUCGUCGAUGUCCAGCUGUCUGGGGGCCAUGUACGGUACACCCAGAGUACUGCAGUCAAUUGCCUUAGAAAAUGUCAUACCCGGAAUAGGUAUUUUGGGAACGGGAAGAGGACCAAAUAAAGUACCAUUGUAUUCAAUGGCUUGCGUAGCGGUAGUGACGUUUGCAUUUAUACUGAUAGGAAAUAUAAAUACACUAGCACCAAUAGUAACGAUGCCUUAUUUAUUAACUUACGCCUGCAUCGAUUAUUCGUACUUUGCCUUGGCACAAACGUUUGAUAUACAACACCAAAGAGAGCAAAGAUUUUACAGAUCCAAAGUUCAUCAGUCUUACAGCAUUGAGGCUGACGACAAUGACUUGGAUCGACUUUUUCCCGAACGCACCAGACAUAAGACUUUAAGGGGCGAGUCUAGUUCAAACUCGCCGAGCAGCCCCGAGGAAAACAGCGAAACAACACCUAUAUCACCGAAACCUCAUAUACACUCGAAACCGAAAAACUGGUACUCGAGCCUAUGCAACCGUUGGCUGUCACUUUUUGGGGCUCUUUUAAAAAUUUUCAUCAUGUUUUUGGUGAACUAUGCUUACGCCAUCGCCUGUAUAACGGUGGUGUUUUUGGUCUGGCUGUAUAUAGGCACAGCAAACCCAGCUGUCAAACCCGGUCUAGCCACAGACUUCAGAUUUUUGAGGUGGAUCAAGAAUCUUUUACUAAGAUGCUGCGGUAAACGUGUAACUGACUAUGAACAAAUAGUUGUAACGCCUGUCCACCCAGGUUUAGAUGUAACUUCUUCCCAGCUAAAUGAAGAUAAUGAAGAUUUUUCAAACAGAAGACGUUACCAUCAAUCUGCAACUGUACAUGGCCAUAUGGUCAACAUUGAAGAUUAACCGCAUAAAUAAAAAAAUAAGCUUUUUACCAC